AUGCCAGCUAUUGGCCUUGGACUUGGAUUCUAUGGUAAAAAUAACGAACCUUACGGUACAUAUCCUGAAUGUGGUAUUGAACCACAUACUGAUUUUUCUGGUCACGUUAUUCCACCGCCACCUGGCUGCGGACUUAAUACACAAAAAGCAGUGUAUAUUUGGUUGAAUAAAGUCGGCGGACGUCGACUUGAUUGUUGUAAUUCAUACUAUAAUCAGAAAUCUGUUGCUCGAGGUAUUCAACAAAGUGGCGUCAAUCGAUCAGAAAUUUUCAUUUUAAGCAAAGUUGGACCAGAGUUUGGUUUAGGUUUCAAUGAUACAAUCAAUCAAGCGAUGGGUAUUUUACAAGAACUACAGACAAGUUGGAUCGAUCUAUUACUUGUACACUGGCCAGUCAUGAAACAUCCUCGUGAAUCAUAUAUACCAAAGAGUUCUGAUCCAACAUGUAAUAUGAGUAAUCCUUUGACAUAUGAUGAAAAAAGUUGUCGUCUUUCAACUUGGUCUGCUAUGAUAACAUUAUUUAAUCGUGGAAUAGUACGCUCUAUUGGCGUAUCAAAUUAUAAUACAACACAUCUGCAAGAAAUUAUUGAUGCUAAAAUGUUAUUACCAAGUAUCAAUCAAGUUGCAUUUAAUCCAUACAAUUAUCGAACUGGACGAGCUGAUUUACUUAAAUUUUGUCAAAAGAAUAAUAUUCAAUUAGUAGCUUAUUCACCAAUAGGAGCACUUGAUGCCCAUCAAUUUCCUGUUACGCAUGAAGGUAAAGUAACAGGCAUGUACCCGACAUUACUUCAAGAUCCUUUGAUUAUUUCAUUGGCUAGAACUUAUAAACGUACUGAAGCACAAGUUCUAUUGCGAUGGAUACAUCAACAAGGUGUUGCCUCAAAUCCACGAUCAAUGAAUGAAACACACAUGAAAGAAAAUCUUGAUAUUCUCUCGAAUCCAUUUACUAUUAGCGAUGAUGAUAUGAUACGCAUUGCUAAUCUAGUUCAAGAUACAUGCGAAGUCGAUCCAAGUUGGUAUGAAUGUGUAGGAGAUGGCAAUCUUCCAUAA